UCAAAAUCAAAAAAAAAAAAAUAAAUAAAUAAAUAAAAAUUAAUAAAUAAAUACGAAUAACAUAAUUAUCCAAUUCUGUGAUAGUGUUGUGCUGACUCCUUUAAACUACAAAUAUAGAUUUAAAAACAAAACUUUUCUACGGUUUUUUUUUGGAAUUUAAUUAUUUACUCAAAACGAAGAAAUGCCUUCAACCACUUUGGGUAACAACGAUGACCUCGCUUUGGUCAUCGAUGAAGAGCUUGCACUGCAAUUGACCGAAUCCCAAGCUGAAAAGGGUGAGGAUGUGCUUGCCAACCGCUUGGAGGAUAUUAGCGAGCAUUUGAAGCAAAUAAAUCAACUCAAUCAAUUUAUGCAAUUGACCGAAGAAUUAAAUGAGCACAAGAAAAAUGAAGCGGGACCAUCCACAUCGAGAGGUUGUCCAAUAACGCAUAUGCAGCGUCCCAUACGUUUGAAGAAUAUUGAAGGAAAACCGGAAGUGUAUGACAAAUUGCAUUUGAAGGCGCAAGAGAAUUUAUCUUGCAACAACUCGAAAUGUAUGAGCAGUGUUAUGGGUUUCUAUACUGCUUCCUUGGAGCCGCGUCCACAACAAGAUGUACUUGAUCAAGCGAAGGACUUCCUAGAACAAUAUUUUACUUCAAUGAAAAAAGCCUCUAGUCCUCGUCAUGAAGCUAGAUGGAAUGAAGUGCAGAGGAGUAUUGAAGCCACCGGUGAAUAUCAAUUGACCGAAGCUGAGCUAACUUUUGGCGCUAAGGCAGCUUGGCGUAAUGCUUCACGUUGUAUUGGACGCAUUCAGUGGUCCAAAUUGAAGGUAUUCGACUGCCGUCAUGUAACCACCACUAGAGGUAUGUUCGAGGUCUUAUGCAAUCACAUCAAAUACGGCACAAACAAGGGUAAUAUUCGUUCUGCCAUUACAAUAUUCCCUCAGCGCACCGAUGGCCUUCACGAUUAUCGCAUUUGGAACAGUCAGCUAAUCUCCUAUGCUGGGUAUAGACAGAGCGACGGCACUAUUGUUGGAGACCCUAUCAAUGUUGAGUUUACAGAUGUUUGCUUAAAGAUGGGCUGGAAAAGUAAGGGCACAGAAUGGGAUAUUCUGCCGUUGAUAGUAUCAGCUAACGGUCAAGAUCCAGAACUGUUCGAAUAUCCAUCAGAUUUGAUAUUAGAAGUGCCUUUUUCUCAUCCAAAAUACGAAUGGUUUGCUGAGCUUGGUCUGCGGUGGUAUGCUCUACCCGCUGUCUCAUCGAUGAUGUUCGACGUUGGCGGUAUUCAAUUCACAGCUACAGCAUUCAGCGGUUGGUACAUGUCCACAGAAAUUGGUUGUCGCAACUUGUGCGAUACAAAUCGACGAAAUAUACUAGAGACCGUUGCAAAUAAAAUGGAACUUGAUACCCGCACCACUUCAUCUUUGUGGAAGGAUAAAGCUUUGGUUGAGGUCAAUUUGGCCGUUUUGCAUUCUUUCCAAACACGCAAUAUCACCAUCUUGGAUCAUCACACGGCUAGCGAGAACUUUAUGAAGCAUUUCGAAAACGAAUCCAAAAUACGCAACGGCUGCCCAGCUGAUUGGAUUUGGAUAGUUCCUCCACUAUCCGGUUCGGUAACACCGGUCUAUCAUCAAGAGUUCUCCCUUUACUAUUUGAGGCCAUCAUUCGAUUACCAGCAUCCUGCUUGGAAAGUACAUGUUUGGGAGAAAGAACGCGGUGAAAUUAAACCCAGGCGGAAAUUCAACUUCAAACAAAUUGCAAGAGCUGUUAUCUUCACCUCUAUCUUAUAUACACGCGCCUUGUCUAAGCGCAUAAAAGCCACUAUUUUGUAUGCCACUGAAACGGGCAAAUCCGAAAUAUACGCUAAGCAAUUGACCGAGCUGAUGGGCCAUGCAUUCCAUACACAAACUUACUGUAUGGCCGACUAUGAUAUAUCCAAAAUAGAGCAUGAGUCCCUCUUGCUGGUGGUGGCCUCUACAUUUGGUAAUGGUGAUCCACCAGAAAAUGGCGAGCUCUUCUCUCAAGAUUUGUACGAUUUGCGUGAGAAUGCGGAAACAGCUAAGGAUGAAAGCGUUGAUCUCACUUCAUCCAAAUACAAUCGCUUGAAUAUUGAUGAAUUAAAAAAAUCGGAGCCUUUGAGAAAAUUAAGCUUCGGCGUCUUCGCACUUGGUUCUACAACGUACCCGAACUUCUGCGCUUUCGGUAUUUACCUCGAUAGGAUUCUCGGCGAACUUGGUGGCGAGCGCCUCCUGGAGGUCACUUGCGGCGAUGAAAUGUGCGGUCAAGAACAAACUUUCCGCAAAUGGGCACCGGAAAUUUUCAAGUCUGCUUGCCAAACAUUCGAUUUGGAUUAUACUGAUGGCUUAUCUGAUGCAUUCCAUGAUGACACUCUAACCGCCAGUACAGUGCGCAUGGUGCCAUCACAGCGUGAAGGUACCGUCGAUCAAUUACUAUCGAAAUAUCACAAUAAGAAAGUGCAACGUUACAAGAUGAAAUCGGCACCACGCAACCUGACCAAGCUGGCCGACGAUGAAAAGCCCACAAUUUUGGUUGAAAUUUAUGCGCCCGGCUUAGAUUAUGAACCGGGUGAUCAUGUUGGUAUCUUCCCAGCCAAUCGCACGGACAUUGUAAACGGCGUGCUGAAACGUUUAACCGGUUUCGAAGAUCCAGAUGAGGUAUUGCAGGUGCAGGUGAUGCGAAAGAAGAAGACACCAAAUGGUACAUUCAAUUGUUGGGAACCACACGAUAAGAUACCCGCUGAGACACCACGCACACUCCUCACACACUUCUUUGACAUAACAACACCGCCACAGCAAGUUCUGCUGAAUUUAUUAGCCGACUUCUGUGAUGACAAUUACGACACAGAGCGUUUGCAAAAACUUGGCGCAGACUUUGCCGCUUAUGAAGAGUGGCGGCAAUUGCAUUUACCCACACUACUCACAGUGCUGGAGCAAUUCCGUUCAUGCAAGCCACCAGCGGGUUUGCUCUUCGGUAAUCUCAUGCCAUUACAGUCUCGUUUCUAUUCCAUUUCAUCAUCGCCACGUAAGGUCAUUAACGAGAUCCAUUUAACGGUGGCGGUUGUUAAGUAUAAAAACCAACGUGGGAACGAACGUUACGGUGUCUGCUCGAACUAUUUGGCCAAUAUGGAAGCACAAGAGCCAUUGUACUUCUUUGUGCGCAGUGCGCCCGGUUUCCAUUUGCCUAAGGAUUCAUCGGAGCCGAUGGUAUUGAUUGGUCCUGGUACUGGUAUUGCACCAUUCCGCUCAUUCUGGCAAGAGUUGGAGGUAUGGCGUGAGCUGAAGAUGCAACGUUCGAAGGUCUGGCUCUUCUUUGGUUGUCGGACGUUGGAGAUGAAUUUGUAUGCCGAAGAAAAGGCGCUACUGCAGCGUGAAAAGAUUUUGGAUCGUGUUUUCCUCGCACUCUCACGUGAACCAGAUACGCCCAAGACCUAUGUUCAGCACCAGAUUGAAAGAGAAUUCGAUUCACUCUACCAACUGAUUGUCGAGCAGAAAGGACACAUUUACGUUUGCGGUGACGUUACAAUGGCUGAGGAUGUCUAUCAGACAAUUAGGAACUGCAUUGCUAUAAAGGAACAGAAAUCGGAAGCGGAAGUGGAGGCAUUUUUACUUACGUUAAGACAUGAAAACCGCUACCACGAAGAUAUCUUCGGCAUCACUUCGCAUGCUGGUGAGGCGCGUAAUAAGUCCACACUUCGCCGCGGCUCGCGUACAUUAAAUGCUUUGUAGGCUGCUUUCCGACAUAACCUCAGAAUUUCUUAAACGGCUGUAUAACUACAAAAACAAACAAAAUGCUGGCAGUGCUGGUCACUUGACAUAUUUAAAAAAAAAAAAAAAAAAAAAACUAUUUACAAUUACUAUAUACAUUAUUACUCAUUAACAUACAACACAUACAUACUU